AUGUCUGGAGAACCCAGGGUGUGCUCCCUUCUUCUGUUCCUGUUUCUCAGUCAUGAAGGUGUGUGUCAGAAAGAUCCAAGCUUCAGGCAGGAUUUACAUCCAUUGUUGCAAAAAAUGGCGGAAGAAAUAAUAGAGGGAAGUUAUCUGAAUGCAUUACUGGAUCUCAUACAGUUUCACAGCUCCCAUGUAUGGACUGAGGACCUGCCCCACAGAGUCCUGGCCUAUCUGAACUCACAGAACGUGGCUUUCACCAUCCCUGGCCUGCAGGCAGCCGCAGAAAACUACCUGGAGCAGUACCUGUACCAGCCCCAGAAACUGCUGGAAGACCUGAGGAACACCGAUGCCCAGCAGUUCCACAUGGCCAUGAAAUAUCUCUUGGAGGACAAGCAGGACCGCCUGGACCUGAAGGAUAUUGUCAUCCACUUGGGAGAGAUUCGGGAACAAGCCCUUCAGAGCCCUGGUGUGAACCGCAGUCUGUUUCUUAUCACGCUGGAGCGGUGUUUCCAGCUGUUGAACCCCCUGGAGUGUGUGGAGAUCCUGGGCAGGAUGCUGAGGGGGUCCUCUGGCAGCUUUCUACAGCCAGACAUCACAGAGAGGCUACCCCAGGACCUGAGGGAGGAUGCCUUUAAGAACUUAUCCACAGUGUUCAAAGAGCUCUACGACCAAACCUCGGCUCAUGCCCAGAAAGCUCUCUACUCCUGGAUGACUGGGAUUUUGAGGACACCCUCCAACAUUACUGAUGAGUGUGUUUCAUGGGUCAGUGCAGAAAAAUUAUGGAUUUUGGGCAGAUACAUGGUUCACCUAUCAUUUGAAGAAAUUAUUAAAAUUAGUCCUAUUGAAAUUGGGCGAUUUAUCAGCUAUGACAAUGCCACUAAGCAGUUGGACACAGUGUAUGACAUCACCCCUGAACUGGCCCAGGCAUUUCUACAGAGGAUCAGCAGCUCCAGCUUUGACAUGAAGAACACAUCCACCAUCCACAGGUUGGGACUGCUGGUUUGUUUUUAUGAUGACCUGGAGCUGCUGGACGCUGCCCUGGCCCAAGUCCUUCUUCAUCAGAUGAUCAAGUGCAGCCACCUGCAGGGCUUCCACGCUGCUGUUCAGAAGCUCAAAGCUGACCUUCUGGACAUUGCCACAGAGAAUCAGACCCUCAAUGAGACACUUGGCUCUCUGUCGGAUGCAGUUGUGGGUCUGACCUGCACGCAACUGGAAUCCCUCUCUUCUGAGGCUGUGCACGGUGCCAUCUCUACCCUCAACCAGGUUUCAGGCUGGGCCAGGAGCCAGAUCAUCAUCUUGUCUGCCAAAUACUUGGCCCAUGAAAAGGUGCUGUCCUUCUACAAUGUCAGCCAGAUGGGUGUGCUGCUACCAGGGAUCAGCACCCAGGCCUUCUACAGCAUGGACCGCAGGGACCUCUGGCAGGUCCUGAGAAGUACCACCUCUCAGCAUAUGUCUGAUUUAUCACCUGUCCAACAGCAAGGUGUCCUCAGCAAGCUGAUGGAGGCAGAAGAUACUGUUUCGGGCGUUGUGGAGAUACCAACGGUUUUCUUUAAGGAAGUGUCUCUCUUCGAUUUACAAAGAGAAUCAGGAUUCAAUGUUACAGUCCUCAAGGAAAAGGAGCUUCGAAGGAGCCAGGCCUUAUUCCUGUAUGAACUUCUGACAAAGACCACUGGAAGACCCGAGGAGCUCUUGAGUGCGGGACAGCUAGUGAAAGGCGUGCAGUGCUCACACAUCGAUGCCAUGAGUGCCGAGGUCUUUCUGACCCAUUUCCAGUAUUUCAAGAACAACUUCUUCCUGCUUUCACCGGAUCAGUACUUUUCAAACAUGAGUUUAUAUUACCAUUGCCUGCAAGGUGUUAAAACACAGAUUGGGGGACUGGGGAAAUGGCUUGGGCCCAGUGCAGAGCAGGCUCUGCUUCCCUUCCCUUCUCCUCCUACCCCUCCCCUGUCUCUCUCCAGGUCCCGCUUCCUAACUUCGGUCCCUGCUUCCCGCUGUGUGCGCUUCGUGAUCAGCUUGGGGAAGAAACACUUGGAAACAUUGGUUUUAGAUUCCCACAAAAGGAACUUGGUCCUCAGGAAGGUGCAGAGGUGCCUGGAUGGUUCCAUUGCUGAUGAAUACACAGUGGAUGCUGUGGGAAACCUACUGUGCCAUUUACCAGCCACCUUCAUUGAGAGAGGGAUCUCUCCCAAGGCCUGGGCUACUGCUCUGCAUGGCUUCAAAGGCUGCACAGACCUCAGCCCUGAGCAGAAGGCUGCUGUGAAGCUCAGGCUCCAGGAGCAGUGUGGACCACCUCAGAACUGGACAGCAGAGGUGAUGAAGGACUUGGGACCUUUCUUAGGACUUUUCUCAGGAGAUGAAUUACACAUGAUCGCCACAAAGUUUCCUGAUAUCCUUCAACAAACGGCUUCCAAGAUGGUUGGGAGGCUGCCUCCUAAAGAAUUCCUCUGGACUGUGUUUGAAUCUGUGCGGAACAGCAGCAGCGAGAACCCCAAUUUUGACCCCACCUCUGGUUGCCAUGGAGUUGUGGCUCCCUCUUCCCAUGAUAUCUUCAAGUUGGCUGAAGCCAAUGCCUUCUGGGAGCCUGAGGUCCUUCUCUGCAUGGAAGAGGACACAUUUAUUAGAAACGUGGAGCUGCUGGGGGCUGUGAAGGGUUUCAGCUGGCCUCAGCUGAUGGCCCUGAAGGAGAAGGCGAUUCAGGUUUGGGACCUGCCCUCCUACUGGAGAGACUACCACAUCAUCUCCCUGGGGCGCAUUGCUCUGGCUCUUAAUGAGAGUGAAUUGGAGCAGCUAAACCUCAGCUCCAUAGACACUGUAGCAUCCUUGGGCCAGCAGACAGAAUGGACCCCAGGACAGGCUAAAUCAAUUCUGAAGGCAUUCCUAGAGGGUUCAGGCUACACUGUCCAGGAUCUGAAGAGCUUUCAUUUAGUAGGGCUUGGUGCCACCCUGUGUACUAUGGACACCACUGAAAUUUCACUUAUAAAGAUCUCAGAAUUCAGGGUGGUAGUGGCCAGGAUUGGGACCCUGUCCUGCAGUACCCCUGUCUUGGCUGAGUUUAAGAACAAGGCAGAAGCUGUGUUUGGACAUCCCACUGAGUGGACCAGCUCUGUCUUGCAGGAACUUGGGACCAUUGCAGCUGGAUUAACUAAGGCAGAGCUCCGAAUGCUCGACAAGGAAUUGAUGCCAUAUUUCCAGCCGUCAGCCAUAAGAUGCCUUCCCAAUGAGAUAUUCAAAGAGCUGUCUACAGAGCAGAUCGCCUCCUUGGGUCCCCAGAAUGCUGCCGUGGUAACCCAUGCCCAGCGUCUGCAGCUCAGCUCAGCACAGCUGCAGAGCCUCGAGUGGGCACUAGAUGGCGCCAAGAGUCACUCCUGGCACGACGCACCUGCCAGCGCCAGUCCCACCAGUCCAUCCUGCGCUGGGUUCCAGACAGGAGCGCCCACCUCCUGGGGUCUUUGGGUUGGCUUCUCUCUGCUGCUUCUGAUGGCUGAGUCCUUAUGCUGAGUGGCCCAUUCGGUAUCCCAAGAAGCUGGAAAAUGUGUAUAGAAACAGAGGCUGCUUCAGGCUGUGGGAGACUUUUACCUAGACUUAGAACUUCUGCCAGAGCAGGGAGACUUCAGAGCCUUGAUCUGUAAAAGGCACCCAGAGGAAAAUAAUUAUUAAAAACAAUCCUGCAAAUUCUUCAGGCAACCUAUUUCUCCUAGCAGGUUGCAUUAGAUUUCUCCUUCUACACUUAGACCAGCUGAAAUAAAUGAAUCUCUCAACAGAAGCCAAUAUUCCUGCCUGAUUGCUGUGACUAAUUGAUGUUUUGGUGGGCAUCACAUUGCUUGGAAAUUAAAACAUUUAACAUGGCUCAACGUUAAAUCAAUUUUUAAAUACAUUUUCCAGAUGCUUCCUUUUCCUUGGGAAUCAGCUGAACAAUGGUGGGGUUAUCAUUUAACCUUUCAAACUGUUC